GCAAGGGCUCCAGAGAUGGGAAUUUGUUUUACAAAAGAGGGAAAGAACCCUCAUCUACAAAUGCCCAUAUGCAGAUGCCAUCAUCUGUUAUUUAUGGAAGAAUAGCAGGUGCUAUAGUGAUGCUCUCUUCUUGCUUUCCAAACCCUAGAAUCUCCACCAUUCUUCUCACUAAAUCAAGAUCCCCCAUUUCAAAGUCUCUCUCUCUCUACUACCCCGAGGACCCAUGUCCAAAACCAAAGAGAAAAAUGGUAUUUUCCCCUGUUUCUCACUCUAGAGCUUUUCAUUGCACCAAUACAAUGAAAAGCAUUCCAUUUCCUGCUGAAAGAACCAAAAUUUGUAGAGAGAGAAAGAGUGAUGAGGGAUCCAAACUUGACGGAGAGAGUGAGAGAUUUCUCCAGCCCCUCGUCGUGGUCUCUUUCUACAAGUUUGCUGACUUUCCAGACCAUGCUCAGAUGCGCCUGCCAUUGAAGGAGCUGUGUGAGCAAGAGCGUGUCUCAGGUGGUAUUAUUCUUGCACCAGAAGGAAUCAAUGGGAGCAUAUGUGGGACCCGUGAAUCAGUAGAAAAAGUUCUUGGGUUCAUUGAAGAGGACAAGCGCUUAAAAGGCCUUAGACAGAUUGAAUCACCUGUCAGUGCAGAAGAGGAGGCUAUCCAUCACGGCCACACCAGCCAUUCACCACUAGGAGCAGGUGAAGAUGCGCCAUUUCGAUGGGAUCAUGUGCGGGUCAAGGUUAAGAAAGAAAUAGUUUCUUUGGGAAUGCCAAAUGUGUCACCUAUCAAAGGAGUUGGAAAAUAUGUUAACCCACGUGAUUGGAAUGCUUUGAUCAGUGAUCCAGUGACUGUGGUAAUAGAUGUGCGCAAUUAUUAUGAAACUCGUAUUGGAAAGUUUAAAGGAGCAGUAGAUCCAUGCACCACAGCAUUUCGGGAUUUCCCAACAUGGGUGGAUCAUCAGUUGCCAAUAGUUGGAUCCACUGAUCAGGCAACGUUUAAUGGUUUGAAUAUAAAUUCAAAGAAUGAUUUUCAAGAAAGGAAGGCACCACCUCGAGUUGCAAUGUAUUGUACAGGUGGAAUUAGGUGCGAGAAAGCCUCAAGUUUUCUCCUAAGUAAUGGCUUUCAAGAGGUCUAUCAUCUUGAGGGUGGGAUUUUAAAGUAUCUUGAGGAAAUCCCGGAACAAGAAAGCCUUUGGGAAGGUGAGUGCUUUGUGUUCGAUAAGAGGGUCUCAGUAGAACAUGGGCUUAAGCAAGGCACAUUCAAACUUUGCUAUGGAUGCAAAAAACCCAUUAGUGAUUUAGACAUGGAGUCUCCUGAUUUCGAAGAAGGGGUUUCAUGUCCUUAUUGCCAUUCAAUUAAAUCAGAGGAGGAGAAGGCAAGGGCAAGGGCAAGACAAAGGCAAUUCGAGACUUGGGGUAUCAUAGGUGGGCCCGAUAAGGGUCGGCGACCCAUUUCUGUGAACCCUGAAGAGGAUGGGAAUGCAAAGUUGUCAAAGACUAUCUAGGUUUACCUCAAGGAGAUGUGGGUUUUAAUGUUUUUUUUGCAGGUGAGAGAAUGGCUGGAUUACUGUUGUCAUCAAGAGAAUAGGCUUUUUCUUAAUGGUUUUUUUUUCUGAAAAGUAUGAAAAAAGAUCAUUUAUCAUUGUAGAAAGAGGUCACAAUCAGUGUUGGUCGUGAGAUUUGACAUUAGGUGGCUGGAGAUGUGCCAUUGACUAGGCUCAAAUUCUUCGUGGUAAACCCCAAGCUAUUGGAUUUCAUAGGCUCGUAGUGAUUGUGACCUUGAACUGAAGGUAAAUGGUCUUUUAGUAUGCAGUCCCUUUUUUUCUAGAGCAAAAAUGGUCUUGAGAUUGAUUAGUGUUGUUAAUUGUCAAUAAGACGAGCCUAAUUAGUGUUAAACUGGUCACCUGAUUGGUCAGUGUUGAUGUAUGAAUUUUGGGAAGUAGAUGAAACAUUUUACCGAU